GCCAGCGAAUUCAGAGCCGAAAGAAUUCUAGGGAAAAGCUCUCUCUUUCUUGAACCGAGACUGAGACUCCAAGAAGCUCCAUCGAUGGCGAGACCCUUGAAGGUUUGCUUCCUCCUCCACGUCGUGUUCUUCUGGGUGCUCCUGAGGGCAGCCGCCCUCUCAUCUGCCAGGCCACAUUCCACAGAAGAGCCACUGUAUCUCAAGUUUGUGUCGAAUGCCACGGACUUCCCGAUGGAGGACUACUACGACUACGUCAUAAUUGGAGGAGGCACUGCAGGGUGCCCCUUGGCGGCAACGCUCUCUCAAUCCUACAGAGUCCUUGUGCUCGAGCGCGGAGGCGUCGGCUAUGGCAAGCCCAACCUCAUGUCACAAGAAGGCUUCAUCAGGACUCUGAUGGAAGUCGACACAUUCCGUUCGCCGGCUCAAGCCUUCACAUCCGAAGAAGGAGUUCUCAAUGCCAGAGGCCGCAUUCUCGGCGGCAGCAGCGCAAUAAACGCCGGGUUCUACAGCCGGGCCAACUCCUACUUUUUCCGUAACUCGGGGGUGGAUUGGGAUCUUAGAAUCGUCAACAUGUCUUAUGCUUGGAUCGAGAAGGCUAUCGUGUUUCGGCCCAAGCUGAGGAGUUGGCAAUCCGCGGUCAGGGAUGGACUCCUGGAGGCAGGGGUUAAUCCCUUCAACGGGUUCACUUUCGAUCACGUGGCCGGAACCAAGAUCGGCGGUUCGACAUUCGACAGGUUCGGGAGAAGACACACCUCCGCCGAUCUAUUAAGCUACGCGAAACCUUCCAACAUUAGAGUGGGAGUGCAUGCUAGCGUCGAAAGGGUGCUGCUAGCUUCGACUUCGGCAGAUCCAGGACAAAAGCCAUCCGCAAUUGGAGUCGUUUAUCGUGACAAAGUGGGUCGCUACCAUCAUGCAAUGGUGCGUGACCACGGCGAAGUGAUCCUCUCGGCUGGCGCGAUAGGCAGUCCCCAGCUGCUGCUUCUCAGCGGCGUCGGACCUCGGCCCUAUCUUUCUUACUGGGGUAUCCCAGUGGCUCAUCACCUUCCAUUCGUCGGGCAGUUCCUUUAUGACAAUCCAAGGAAUGGGAUUUCGAUCGUGCCUCCGAUGCCGCUGGAGCAUUCUCUCAUUCAGGUUGUGGGGAUCACCAAAUCAGGAGCCUACAUUGAAGCGGCAUCGAAUGUGAUCCCUUUCGCGUCCCCGGCUCGCGCAGUUUUCCUGCACAUGCCGUCUUCACUGCUGAACGUGACCGUGGCCACUCUAAUGGGGAAGAUUGCUGGCCCACUCUCCCAUGGCUCGCUGAGGCUCGCUUCCACGGAUGUGAGGAUAAAUCCAAUCGUCCGGUUCAAUUACUUCAGCAACCCGGUGGAUCUGGAACGCUGCAUCAGCGGCAUACGCAAGAUUGGUGAAGUGCUGAGGAGUCAAUCCUUGGAUUACUUCAAGUUCAGGGACUGGUACGGGAAUAGAGAAUUCAGGUAUGUGGGGCCUCCCCUCCCGGCUGAUUUAUCAAACAACACACAAAUGGCGGAGCAUUGCCGGCGGACGAUGACUACCAUAUGGCACUACCAUGGUGGCUGCGUGGUAGGGAAGGUGGUCGAUAAAGAGUUCCGGGUGCUUGGAGUUAAUGCACUCCGUAUCGUGGACGGUUCCACAUUGAAUGUGUCUCCCGGGACCAACCCUCAGGCGACCUUGAUGAUGCUUGGAAGAUAUGUUGGGUUGAAGAUGAGGAGGGAGAGAUCGAGACCAAAGUGAUUCCAGAUGAAUAGAGUCAAAAUGCUUGUCGGUUCUCACGCUGCUUCAGCCUUGAUGCACGCAAAUCCCCAGAGUAGAAAACUGUCAUUUGCCAUUUGAUUUUACCGAUUCUUUCUUUUGGAAAAUAGCGAAUAGGGUCGUUUGCACGAACGGGUGAUGUGAGCAUGUAAAGAUGCAAGUUCAACUCCACCAUUCAUGUUGAUUCUAAACAGAGAAUUGAAAUCUCUCUCAGUAAUGUUCUCUUGGGUC